GAAUGCUGAGCGCACUUUUUCCCACUUUCCACCGCCAACACACAGCAAACAUCCACGCCAGCACGCGGGCAAGGCACUCGUGCACACUUUGCGGACACGCACGGGCGGAAAAGUGUGUGGAAAAGCUGGAAAAUUCGCGAUUUUUCACGCACAAAAACACCACUUCGACCAAAUUGCCACAGUGACGCGAUGAAACUCUCGAGCGAUGUUUUUUCGCCACGUCACAAUGACAUCGCCGCUGCUGGCGAUGUUAUUCGCCGCUCUUCCCAUCUUCUUCUCUCUUUUUCUCUCUCUGUGUGAUGCAGAUGUGAUGGGGAGUUAUGACUUCAUUGGCGUUUGCAUAAGAAACUGUGCUCAAUGCAAGAAGAUGUUCGGCUCGUACUUCGAGGGACAAAUGUGUGCGGAUGCGUGUGUAAAGUUCAAGGGGAAAAUCAUACCGGACUGCGAGGACAUUGGCUCCAUUGCGCCCUUCCUCACCAAAUUGGACUAA